AUGCUGAUAGGUUCAUUCAGAUUGAUCGCUGCGCAUGCCACGUAUUCUACAGUACAUGCACUUCUACGAAUAGCUACUCAAACUUCAAAAUCACAUAUUUCUACGGAAGCGCAAACUAAAAAAUAUAUUCAACCUAAAGCAACACGUGCUUCCUCCGUUCUGAUGUACGAUCAAUUACCUACAAUAUUUACAACAGAUCAUCUUUCAAGCCAUUCUUCGUUUGCAUGUACUGUUCUAUCCCUGUUUAUUUUAUGCUACGGUGUAUCAAACUGCUGUACUGAUCGUUCACCUACGGAGGGCUACACAAUGUUUUACAACUAUUUUCUUGAUCAAGAACCGUAA